GGCUGAGCUUAUCCAGUACACGGCGUAUCCGACGUGGCAAGAACGGCGCGCAAUGGUGGAAGCAGCCGUGACGGGCUGCCGUCGGGACAUAAUCGGAUUGGUGAAGAGCAGAACGAGGGGAGAUUUCCAGAAAGGUUUGCUGGCGUUGCUCGAACCCGCGCCGAUCCGCGACGCGGAAUGGAUUCACAAGUCGGUAUCCGGAUUCAAUUUGCUGACAAGGAAAGCGAUGGCGAGAGAGGUUCUCUGCACCCGGACUCCCGCCGAACUGCGCGCCAUUGCCGGCGCUUAUCGCUUCAGAUAUCGAGGGGAUAUGGUCGAUGACGUGGUUGGCGCCUUUUUCGGGAAAGAGCGGGAGUUGUUUCGCCGAUUACUGACCGUCGAUCGAGUCCUACAGGCCGAUCACGCCGCAGCAGCAGAUCGGGAUCGCGCUCGCACACUAGCGCAAGCCCUUUACGAAGCCGGGCCUGCAAGAUGGGGUACGGACGAAGGUACGUACAUCCAGAUCCUGACCACCGAAAGUCCCGACGCACUCAGGGCCGUGUUUCGCGAGUUCGAGGCGUUGUACGGACAGAAUCUGCUCGCCGUGAUGGAUAAGGAGUUCAGUGGAAGCUUCGAGAAAGACAUGCUGACGCUCAGCAAAUUUCUGAUCGACCCUCCAAGGGCGUUCGCCGACAUUAUCCGCAAGGCGCUGACGGGGGUUCGAACCGACGAAGAAGACUUGAUAAGAGCGAUCAUUGCCCGGAAGGACAUCGAUCUGCGAGAGAUCAUGGAGGUAUAUGAGGCACAGGGUGGGUCGCUGAUGGAGGACGUGGAGUCGAAAACCAGAGGGGAGUUCCGCAGCCUGCUUAUGGCGGUGAUCGCCAGCGUGGCAUGAGAAAAGGCGGGAGUGGAAUCUGGAGAGAGGAGAGGGGAGGAGAGGGGAGGAGAGGGAGGCGGAGGGGAAGAACUUCGGAGAAGGGGAGGGGGGGAGAUUUGGAAAAGGAAGGAAAAGGAGGAUGGAUUAUCAACUGGAAGAAAAAAGGAUGACGGAUGAUAAAGGGUGGCUUAAUUG